AUGGCCGUUAUGAAAAUAAAGGCCAAAGUUGAAGAUAAUAUAGAAAUUAUUCGUCAUAUUCACCCCCCAACUUUCCAAAUGUUUGUCAAACGAAACCAGUCGAUAUUCCCCUGUAACCACACCCGCAACAACAACAAACAACCAGAAACAUUCCUGCACAUUCGAAAAACAUUCGAUCCGCCAGCCGACAGACCGACUUAA